CUAUGAUGUUACACUCCCCAUGUACAUGUAUGUGUUUAAAAGUUAAUUUGAUAAUCAUUUAUUUUUAGAUGACUUCAUCAUUGUGAAUCAAAACUAUGACAAAUUCAACAUAAUGCCAAAUUGUGACACAGUUGGUUUCACUGGGGAUGAUCUUCUCCACUCCUUUGAGCAAUGUUUGAAUAUGGCUCGUGAUCUGAAUGCUAAUGUAAUAUACUACAAAAAGGAAAUCCAAUGUUGGAUAUUCAAAUGUCAAUCUAACAAGAUUGGUACUGAUUGGAAUUAUAAUUGGAAGCCUGAACCAAAGAAUGACACCACAGGUGUGACAUAUGCCCUGCCACAUAGAUAUAGCCAAAGGUGCCAUAAUUCAUAUCUCAUGAGACAAGUAGUGGACAGUGAUAGUAAUAUGAUGUCUGACUGUUUUCAAAUAUUUGAACACCAUGAGGUUAAACACCUUAAUGAAUGCAUGAUACAGGCUUGUAAUGAUAAAGCAAACACUUUUAACUUCUACAAUGAUGGUAAAGUCAGAUGCCAAACAAUGCAUUGUGAAUGGAAUGGAAAACUAAAUGACUAUGACUUAAAACCCUUGAUCGAGGGCAAAGGAAAUGUGAGCACUUAUAGGCUAUCCAAUGUUUCAAAACCAUGCAACACUUUAUCUUGGAAUGACUCUGUGCAACUUCCCUUUAAAAUGCCUGACUGUGGGAAGAGCAUAAUAUAUGAGACAACCAAGGCAUUGAAUCAAAAUCUUGAAACAUUUUGCAAGUUUGGAGCUAACAUUUUUCAAAGCCACCUCUCAAGGGUUUCACGAAUUAUUGCCUCCAAGUGCCCAAGUAAUGAAGAGGGUACAGAAUGGAAAUAUUCGCCCACUACAGUAGAUAUAACACUGCUCUUGAUAAAUCUAC